AUGGCUCAAAUAGAUAGGAAGUUGGAUCAGAUGGUUAAACAUGUUGAUAGUCAUACACAGUCUGAAGUUGGAGAGAGCUCUGUUGGACUUGAGCUACAAGUCAAGCAAAUAGAAGGGCCUAUGUAUCUAUCUCAAAGCAAAAGUGCCAAGAGCAAUGUUGAGAAGAUUGAGAUGGAGAGUGAAAAGAUACCUACAUAUUUGAGAGAAGAAAAUGGUGUUUAUGCUGAAGAUAUAGCAGAUGGUAGCAGCUGUUCUCAACAAGGGCAUUCAGUCAAGGGUGUUUCUACCCCUCUGUCCAGAAGAGACCCCUCUCCUGAGGAGGAACCCCAAGCUGACAAGGAUGAUGACUUAUCUAGAUCAGAAAAAGAAGUGGCUGCUGAAGGGUUAUGUUCCUUAGGUAAAAACUUACCUAGCAAGAAACCAGCAAGUAUGUCUCAUGAAACUGCUGAGGAUAUUGUUGAUCUGGAGGAAGAGAGUUCUGAGGAAGAGGAUGACACCUUGGUUCAUCAUGUAAAACCAAGUGCUGCAAAAAAAUUGAAGACCAGAAAAGGGAAGACUGUGGAUGAAAUGAUGACAGCCAGGACUAGGAAGAAGACUACUGGUGUAGGACCCUCCAAAUCAUGGAGCAAAGUAGAGGCUAGGAAGAGGAAAGUCAGAGAUAGUUCUGACUCUAAAGAGGAUGUCAAAGACGAUGUCCCAGACAUCUCAUCUGCAAAAAGGCAGACUGUUAAAGGCAAAACUACAUCUGUGCACUUAGAUAACAUCUCUUUCCACUUAGAAGAUGGUGCUACCAAAUGGAAAAUUGUCAUUCAAAGGAGAAUAGCUGUUGAAACAGAGCUGGGAAAAGAGGCUGUUGAGGUGAAAGAAGUUAUGAAAUUGAUUAAGGUUGCUGGACGCAUGAAGACAGUUGUUGGUUUACCCCAAUGUCAUGAGGGGUUGGUGAUAUUUCUAUACAGAGGAAUAUAG